AGACUACAAACUUUUUAUAGUCAUGGGCUUAAAAGUAAAUCUUUUUACAACAUUCGCUGCAAUCAUAGGAAUUGCAUUUUAUAACCCAUCAUGUUUGUUCCUAACAUUUGGUUUGACUGUGCUUACUAUAUUGUAUAAUUAUUGGAAAAAUUGGCAAUAUUUGAUGAAACUUCCGGGUGGUAAAAGAAUCUCAGUUCGAGGACUUUUUGAGAACUCAUCGAGUGAAUUUUAUGAAAAUAUGAAAAAAUUGUGGAUUAAACAUGGAAAAGAUAAAUUUGUGGUGUGGAUUGGAUUCGAGAGAUUUGUGACUGUUUCAAAGUAUGAAGAUGUUAAGACAAUUUUGAUAGCCACAAAUGAUAAUGUUUUGAUGGACAAAUAUCACGCUAUGUGGCCGUGGAUUGGAGCUGAUGUUGUCAGGGGAAAUGAUUUUCCUUGUCAAACAUUUACCAAUGUCAUUACAUCAAAUGCAUUGAACAAAUUCACCAAAGAUGUUUCAUUUGUUGAUCAUAUGAGCAGACGAUUUGGAGCAUUAUGCAAACAUAACAUGAGUAGUGGAGAUACUGUUGAUAUUCAAAUGUUAUCGAAGCUCAUGAUGUUUGAUAUUUUGUACGUAAUUGGAACUGGAAGGAACAUUAGUGACCAAAGAACCGAACUCUUGAAAGAAACUGAAAGGCUUAUUUCAAUGGCUGACUCCAGAAUCUAUUCAGGUCUGAUGCAAAGCUCAUUAAUCCGCACAGUCAUCGGUGAGGAGCGUCGCUUCAACUCAGCAAGAAAUCGAAUUUCUCAAAUAAUUUCAACACAUCUCAAAUCAGCUGACACUAAAGCAGUUUCAUAUUCAGUUUAUGAUGACAUUCGUUCGAGAUUUCCAAAUAUUGAUCCAUCUCCAUUGAUUGAAACCUUCGUACUUCUUGGCUAUGACAGAUUCUCAAUUGCAUUUACUAACAUGAUCAUAGAGUUGUCAAAAAGUGCGGAACUUCAAGAUGAAAUUUGCAAUGAAAUUCGAGAAAAUCAACGUAAUUUUAUGAAAUCUCAAAAGCUGCAUAAGUUCCUCAUCGAACAACUUCCAGCACAUACAAUAAUUCCUGUUGUCACUAAAACAACUCAAGCUGGAGUUCCACUGAUUGGACAAUUUAUCCCACCAAACACAGGCGUCCUCUUGUAUCUCGAAAACCUUGAUAGUCAUGGAAAAUUAAUGGAAAAUUCAAUGUCAAAGUUCGAUGAGUGCAUGACCAUGAACUUGAUGAAGAUUUUUGUUGGUGAAUUUAUUGUCAGAUUUAAAUUUCAAAUGAAGGAAACGAAGCGCUUGUGGAUGGGAUGUGGAGUUUCAUUGAGACGUAAUGGCGUAAAUGUUUGUGUUAGAAAUCGAUACUAGAUGUGGGCACUUUUUUGAGCUAUUUUUUGAUUUAGAUGUGAUUAAUGUUUUAGAGAAUAAAAUAUAAAAAAAAAUGUUCAAGUAAGAAAGUCACAAAUGAGUUGAAGUGAAUAAAGCGCAUUUUUAAAGUUUUUAAUACU